UUGUUUUAAUGUUGUGAUACUAUUUAUCUUUUUAAUGUUAUAUAUUUAAGUGUAGAGUUUUACUUGUCGGUUUGGAGAUGCCUAAUAAACCGAGGGUACAGCUGCAGGUGGACAUUGGGAAGGGUGUUCCUGUGAUUAUAAAACCAGGAGCCCACUCAGGGGAGUCGGGGAGUGAUUACGACACGCCCCGAAGUAACAAGAGUUCCUCCACACCCAGCACCGCCACCCCAACCACAGCUACUUCCAAUAAAGUCAGGCGGAGAUCCCGAGCAGCAAGGCGGUCGACAGGGAUCACCCCCACAGAAGCAGAUCUAGAUACUCCAGAUAAGGUUGAUGAGGUGGGGUUGUCCCCCAUUUCUACCCCCAAAUCCUCCAAAUCAGAAAGGGACCCUCUGACCAAAAUGUCAGGUGCCACCUCGCUUCUCGUACCAGAUAUACCGGUCUACCGGGUACCCGCUAAACCUAAACCACCUACCAGUCCUAAACCUGACAAAGUUGCCAGACUUAACAAGGAGUUAGCGAGUAUGCGGAGGAAGAUCGAGGAGAACGAUUGUAUGUUGAUCCAGGGGUUAGAAGAGUUGAGGAGGAAGGAUCUGAAUAUAAGAGCUCUUGAUAAGACCCAGCAGAGACUUGCCAGCACUCUUACCCAAUUGGAGAGGGAUAUUGAGAAAAUGACCACCACACAAGCGGAAAACGACAAGUUUACCAAGGAGAACGCCUCCCUUAUCAGAGUUAUUGGCAAACUCUCCAAUAAAGUCCAUAAACCACGAUGAGAAGCAAAAUCGUCACUUCUAGACUUCUCCCAACAAGUUAGAAUGUCAUAGUGAAAGUGAGAGUGAAAUUGAAAGAAGAGGUGAAAGUGAAAGUUGAUAUGAAAGUGAAAGUGGGAUAAGAUCUCGUGAUUAGUGGGGCGAGAUUCGCAGUAUGACUGUGAAAAAAGCAAGUGUUCUUGAUCCAAACUCUAAAAGAAAAUGAACUGACAUUUUCAUGGACAUGAUUUGGAGUGCACUUUUUCAUCCUAUACGAUGCCAUUACUUAUAGUUAUAGUUAUCGGUUAUUAUUAAGAAAAAUGUUGUGCUGUUUGACGUCGCAAAACGUCAAUUCUGCGCUAUAAUUUCUACCACGACUGACGCAAUCUACUGACGCGAUCUACUGACGCGAUCAGUACUGCAGACGAGAGUUUCUGACGUUUCCGAAUUCUUUGAGUUUUGUAAAACUUUAAACCCGCGUUUUGUAUUUACAUUUCCAAGGUGACUAGUACAUUUUCUCCAUCUAUUUCCUGUUGGAUUACACCAUGGGGCUGUAUUAAUGUAUAUUAUUGAUCCUUGUGUGAUGUGUAUUGUGUGUUAUGUACAGUGAA